AUGGCUGUCCUGGCUUCCUGGGGCUGGGUACUGGCUGGCUGCUUCUCUGCAGCUGUAGCAGAGAUUUCUAAUAUCUCAUCGCUGUAUCCUCCUUUAUGGGAAGACAGCCCUGAGCAGAUAAGUGACUACAGGAUGGAGGAUGGGAAGUACGUAAUUAACCCUUGGGUAUUCACCAACAGGAUGGGGAUGUACAGAAUCCUACUGAACGAGACAGCCACGUAUUCUGAAAGAUAUGGUCUGGAAAAUGAACAGAGUUUUCUGUGGGGAUUGCCUACGAUGCUUGGCUGGCAGUAUGAAACAGGUAGAUUAGCUGAUCCUACUGGAAUGACAGACUUCGGCAACAAACCUGAAGCCAGUCUAUGUAUCUCUGUGGACAGCUGGUGGGCUGAUGUAAAUUACUAUCUAAGUGUGUUACCUUUCCUUGCUGCUGUUGAUUCUGGAAUAACAGGGCUAUCACCAAACCAAUUCACGAUCUUGCCACCACCCAAGGAUCAGAUGAGGUUUUGUUAUAAUGUUUCUGGCUGUCGAUCUGCCUUCCCUGAAACAAUGGACAUGUGGAAAGACUUUUUCCAGUACAUGCAGUUGCCUUCUAGUGACUCUGACAGCCUCCUGAAGAAGUUAUGGGAUGCCCAUAACUCAUCCUUGGAGUAUCCCAUCCAUGCCUUUGUAGACAGAUAUCACUACUAUUCUGAUAAAGAAAAAAAAUUUGUGCAAAACUGGGUUAAUGCUAUAUACUACUUAACUGCUGUCCGUCUUCCUACAACCCUGAAUAGAUCACACAGCUUUCAGAGUUGUCUGCCCCCACGGAUCCUUAUUGAUGCUGACAUAGCCCCUUUUAUUCCUGACUUCACUCCUGUUCAGAACAAAGUCCAGAUAGCACUCAAACUUCUUGCGUAUAUUGACAGAAUUUCAGGAUCAUUAUCUUUGACUCUAUGGGAAAGUCUCAUGAAUAUAAAUCUUGCAAGGGAACUAUUUUUAAAAGUUUUUGAAUGGUUCCUGGGAUCCUUAAAGCAUAACAUGUUUAGUGAACUGUGA